UAACGUCACUUCCUGUUGUGAGCUUUAAUGGCAGCCUACACGGUUGCCACGCUUACCGUGUAAAAAGUAGUUUUUCCAUUUCAUCUUCUUUUUUCACCACAACAAAUCUCGGAAUAAUUCUAAAACCAUGUCGGGUCGACAGAGCAACAAGCUGCCGAACAAUUUGCCACAGCUGCAGAAUCUGAUCAAACGGGACCCGCAGUCGUACGUGGAGGAGUUCCUGCAGCAGUUCCGACACUACCAGUCCAAUGUGCAGAUCUUCAAACUGCAGCCGGACAAGGCGAACAAGGAGCUGGCAGACCUCGUCAUGUUUCUCGCUCAGGUCUGUCACUGCUACGUGCAGCACCUGUCCACCUUCCCCCAGGAGCUGUCCGAGCUGCUGCUCAGCUACCACACACUCCUGGAGCCAGACUUAAGAAUGACCUUCUGCAAAGCGCUGAUCCUCCUGAGGAACAAGGAUCUGAUCGAGCCCACCCGCCUGCUGGAGCUCUUCUUCGAGCUGCUGCGAUGUCACGACAAACUGCUGAGGAAGACUCUCUACACACACAUUGUUGCCGAUAUCAAAAACAUAAACGCCAAGCACAAAAACAACAAAGUCAACACAGUGUUACAGAACUUCAUGUACACCAUGCUGAGAGACAGUAAUCCCAUCGCAGCAAAGAUCUCUUUAGAUGUGAUGGCGGAGCUCUACAAAAGAAACAUAUGGAAUGAUGCGAAAACAGUUAACGUCAUUACAACCGCAUGUUUCACCAAGGUGACAAAGAUCCUCGUUGCAGGUCUUAAAUUCUUCCUUGGCAAAGAUGAAGAUGAAAAGAACGAGAGUGAUUCAGAUUCAGAGGCAGAGGGACCAUCAGUCCGAGACCUGAAGGUGAGAUUCUCCACGGGCAAGAAAACCACCAAAAACAAGAAGAAGCUGGAAAAAGCAAUGAAAGUCCUCAAGAAACACAAGAAGAAGAACAAAGCAGAGGUGUUCAACUUUUCUGCCAUUCACCUAAUUCAUGAUCCGCAAGAUUUUUCAGAGAAACUCUUGAAACAGUUGGAAAACUCUAAAGAGCGCUUCGAGGUGAAGAUCAUGAUGAUGGAGCUCAUAUCCAGACUGGUUGGAAUCCAUGAGCUCUUCCUCUUCAAUUUUUAUCCCUUCACCCAGAGGUUUAUUCAGCCCCAUCAAAGAGAAGUGACAAAGAUUCUCCUGUGUGCUGCCCAGGCGACACACCAGCUCGUCCCCCCUGAGAUCAUUGAACCUGUGAUCAUGACCAUCGCGAAUAACUUUGUGACAGACAGAAACUCUGGGGAGGUCAUGUGUGUUGGUAUUAAUGCCAUCAAGGAGGUGGCAGCCCGCUGUCCACUCGCCAUCAAUGAAGACUUGCUGCAGGACCUGGCUCAGUACAAGAACCACAAAGACAAGAAUGUGAUGAUGUCUGCCCGGGGAAUGAUCCAGCUGUUCAGGAAUCUGAAUCCACAGAUGCUGCACAAGAGGGACAGGGGGAGACCCACAGAGGCAUCAGCAGAGGCUAAGAUCAAAGACUACGGAGAACUAGAAGCUAAAGACUAUAUCCCUGGAGCUGAAGUCCUGGAGGUGGAUGGGGAGAACAAAGAGGGAGAGGAGAACGAAGAAGGCUGGGAGAGUGCCAGUAUAAGUGACGAUGAUGAAGAUGGGGAGUGGGUGGACGUUCACCACUCGUCUGAUGAAGACGCGGGAGAAAUGACGGAGAAGCUUCAGAGUAUUCCAGUCGAGGAAAGAAAAGCCAAGGCGGCGGCAGUCAGUGGCAGCAGGCUCCUCACGCAGGAUGACUUCAAGAAGAUCCGUCUGGUGCAGAUGUCCAAGGAGGUCAACGCUGUGCCCGGCAAGGGCCAGAAGAGGAAAAUUGUGGACAGUGAUGAAGAGGAUGGCCGCAGAGGGGAGCUGGUGACCUUGAGGAAUAUUGAGAAGUUGCAUAAAAAACCAAAAGCAGACAAGGAAACACGCCUGGCAACAGCAAUGGCGGGACGAACCGACCGGAAGGACUUUGUCAAGAAGCAUACUAAGCUGAACCCACACGCCAGCACCAGCAACAAGGAAAAGAGAAGGACGAAGAACUUCAUGAUGAUGCGACACAGUCAGAACGUGAGGUCUAAAGGCAAACGCUCCUUCAGAGAGAAACAGAUUGCUCUACGAGAUGCACUCCUAAAAAGGAAGAAGCAGCACAAGUAGGACCCCUGGAGAAGAUGCUGGACGUCCGAAGGUCACAAACCUAGUCUUUGAUUAUGUCAUAUAAUUAUAUACAUCCCUCAGUGACAUGUAAAACAUUGUUAGCUCAUUAUUGUAUUAUUUUCAGUGGAGGAACUGCAUAGAUUGACAUUGUUCUGAAAUAAAUCAUCUUUGCUAAUGUGGA